AUGUCUGACGACGAAGGAGAUUAUGAUGGCGGCUUCUCCCCAACCUACGAUCCCGAUGAAGCCGAAGAGCCAGACUACGAUCCCGAAGGAGUCGAAGACACCAACAACGUAUCCACAGGCGAAGUCGACGACGUGGCCGUCUCGACGCAGAACCCCGACCAACUACUCACCACCGGCGAGCGCGGCGUCGUCACAUCGGGCGAUGUGCAUGCGGCUUCUCGAGCCAAGAGUAAUAUCGCGCCCAAGGAUAAGAAAAUCCCCAAGGAGGAAAGAACCACGACGCCCUACAUGACCAAAUACGAGCGUGCUCGAAUCCUGGGAACGAGAGCGUUGCAGAUUAGUAUGAAUGCGCCGAUUUUGGUGGAUCAGGAGGGCGAGACCGAUCCGUUGCAGAUUGCGAUUAAGGAGUUGAGGGAUAAGAAGAUUCCGUUGAUUGUGAGACGGUAUAUGCCUGAUGGAUGGUAUGAAGAUUGGACUUGUGAGGAAUUGCUACAGUGA